AUGGACAAUUUUACAUUUAGAUACAGCAUUCUCUUUGUGGAAGGACUCAGAGUUACACAUCAGUCCUCCUAUCCUGUUUUUAUUGUGCUUUUCUUAGCUUAUAUUUUUGCAAUUGUAUCAAACAUUACACUUAUAUUUAUGAUUUCAACAGAGAAGAAUCUGCAUGACCCUAUGCAUUUUCUGUUCUGUAACUUGCCAGUAAAUGAUGUAAUAGGGACCACAGUCAUUUUGCCACGCUUAAUGCAAGAUAUUUUGAGAGAAGCCUCAGAGCGUUCUAUUACAUAUAUGGACUGUGCUAUUCAAGCUUAUUUUGUGCAUGUAUUUACAGCAGCAUGUCAUUAUAUAUUAAUGAUCAUGGCAUUUGACAGAUAUGUGGCUAUAUGCAAUCCACUGAGAUAUUCUGCUAUAAUGACAAAUAAAAUGGUUAUUAAACUAUCAGCAUUAGCCUGGGGGCUGGCAGUACUUGUGGUGACAAUUAUGAUAGGUCUGACUCUUCGUCUGUCUCACUGCAGAUCAACAAUUGAAAACCCUUUCUGUGAUAAUGCCUCACUUUUUAAACUGUCCUGUGAAAAUGUAGGUAUUAACAAUGCAUUUGGAGUUAUUUAUUCCAUAAUUGUAGCAUGUCUGUCAGCAGUAUCUAUAUUUCUAACAUAUGUCAAGAUUGCUGUUCUUUGUAUAAGGAGCAAAAACAAAGCACUCAACAGCAAAGCCAUAAAAACCUGUAGCACCCAUUUAGCUGUUUAUUUAAUCAUGUUUAUUUCUGGAGCCAUUUUUAUUUUUCUUCAUCGUUUCCCUGAAUACGCUGAAAGUAGAAAACUAGGUAGUAUAAUGUUUCACAUUAUUCCACCAGGAUUAAAUCCCUUAGUAUAUGGUCUACAAACCAAAGAGAUAAGGCAUAAGAUCGUUAAAGUUUGGAAUAGAAAAAUAAGAAAUUCUUGA